AUGCUUGCUGGAUAUUCGGAAUUCUCCGAAUUCCUAGGCAACGAAAUGUUAUUGGAAACAUUACGGCUUUUGAAUGAAGGUUAUCACGCGGAAAACCACGAAUCCAACAUUUCUUUAAUUGUCGCUUUGGCAACCAAUUGCAAGCCUCAAUUUGAGGACGUGCUCUUGAAGCAACUAUUUGGCGGGGUCGUUUCUGAAGCUUUCACUUGUUUUAUCAACGAAUUCUACCUGACAGAUGAUUUAAAGAAGAAAAAAAGUCUUUUGAAAAACUUUCUCAAGCCAAUCACUGGCGUAAAAGCUAGCAGUCUUUACAAACUUGAUGACGACGCCUCCACAAUAAAGGCUCUUGGAAGUUCGCUCCCAUAUCUUGCUCAAGCACCCAGAAAUAAGAGACCGCAUUUGUUGUACGCCGGGUCAGGCUUGAGCUCCACCGCUCCAUCCUCCAGUACUUCGCUGAGCGAUUUAAACGAACCACUGGGCCUUUCCACAAUUUUUCAGUAG